AAGUUUCAACACAUUCUAGCUUACUCCAAGAAGUUACCAGAUCGGCCGCCGCCACCGCCACCGCCCCGCCGCCCCCGCCAUCGCCGCCGCCACCGUCAACGCCGCCUGCCUGAGCUCCCGCUCCCGCUCCCUGCCCGCUGGCCCUCCUGCCUGCCUGCCGGCCGACCCGUCGGUUUCUGGUGUAGAAACUAAACUGCCUGAGUCCUAGAACGCGCGGCUCGCGGAACAGUUCGCCCGGAGCGGAGGGCCUCGAGAACUGACUGAGCUAUGGCCGCCAUCCGAAAAAAGUUGGUUGUAGUUGGUGAUGGUGCAUGUGGGAAGACGUGCUUGCUGAUUGUAUUUGGCAAAGACCAGUUCCCUGGAGUUUAUAUGCCCACAGUGUUUGAAAAUUAUGUAGCAGACAUUGAAGUGGAUGGAAAACAGGUAGAGUUGGCUUUGUGGGACACUGCUGGUCAAGAGGAUUAUGAUCGCCUUAGACCGCUUUCCUACCCAGACACUGAUGUUAUACUCAUGUGUUUUUCCAUCGAUAGUCCUGGUAGUUUAGUAAACAUCCUAACGAAGUGGGCCCCAGAGGUAAAGAAUUUCUGUCCCAACGUGCCCGUUAUCCUGGUUGGGAACAAGAAGGAUCUUCGAAAUGAUCAGCACACGAAAGAGGAGCUGGCCAAGAAGAAGCAGGAGCCAGUGAAAACUGAAGAAGGCAGAGAUAUGGCAAAUCAGAUUGGCGCAAUUGGGUAUAUAGAGUGUUCAGCAAAGACCAAAGACGGCGUGAGGCAGGUUUUUGAAAUGGCCACAAGGGCGGCUUUGCAAGUCAGACGUAAAAGUAAAAGAUCCGGGUGCCUUGUCUUAUAAACACAGUGGAAGCCCAGCACACACUUGGUUCAUUUUUGAAGUGCUGUUUUAUUAAUCUUAUUGUAUUAUUACUGGCCUUUUUCAUUUAUCUAUAAUUUACUUUAAAAGAUAUACAAAUGAGAAAUCAUCUUGUUACCAGUAUUUAGAAGCCAACCAUUAUUGUUUAAUGACAAUCUCUGUCCAACAGAUCUGUGUGCACCAGUGUCCCUCUGACAUUACUCUUAAUAACCUUCCUUAUUCUUCCAACUAGCACAUCUGGCACUAAUUCAUGGGAAUUCUUAACUUCUUGCUUCUUUCUAAGGUGGUAACUUUUGUGAAUUGGGCUUUAACUACUUUUAUACCUAACAUGUCCUGUUGCUAUCAGCUGCAGGGCCAUCUGGGGAAUAAAUAAGGGAGUCACUUCAGGGCAGGACCUCUUAUAAGGCUUUUAUUGGUAUAGCUCUGGGGUAUAUCAUUCAAUUGUUUGAAAAUGGGACCAGCCAGAGACAGCAAGUCCCCCAUGCAGCUAUGGCAAACCUACAGUUCUGUGGUUUCAUGUUAGCUAUCUUAGGGUUACUGUAUAACUAGUACCACUUACUGUAUGUGACCAAAAAAUAAAUAUAUCUACCCCAGCUUAGACAUAGAA